ACAUUGGUCACAAGCGCAUAUUUCUUCCAGAACUCCGAGGUUAUACGUGCCAGAGACUGCUACACGUAACUUACGUGCACGUGGAUCAACGUACUUGCCUUUGUUGACAAACGACGAGGAGACGAGACUAGGCAUGUUGGCAAGCCGUCGUUUAGAAUUGCCAACGCGUCGCCUCAGCGGUGCUCGUUUUUUGUCAUUUUCUACAGAAGAGACGAAGCAAUUGUCAGUGAAGGAAAUCACCAAUUCGGAAUCAUUUGAUUCUCUUCAGCACCCGACUGUUGGCGGUUUGUACGACCCGGCCAUGGGCCCAGUAGAAAUGCACGAUGUCUGUGCAACUUGCCAUCAACUCGCCGUACAUUGUCCUGGUCACAUGGGUCACAUCUCUUUACCUCUUCCCAUUUAUAAUCCUUUGUUCUUUCCAUUGGCAUAUCGGCUUCUUAGAGUAAUGUGCCUCUGUUGCGACCAUUUACUUUCUCCGGGAUAUUACCUACACGUGACUAGAGGGCAACUGACACUUCUGGCAAAAGGACUGCUUGUGCAGGCACUCGAGUUGGAAGAUCGCUUUUCUUCUAAUAGAUCAAAAGAAGGUGUUGAUAGUGAAACAAUGAAUGGACGACGUACAGAUGAAGUAUUUGAUGUCUCAUCACUGAAUGACUUUGUAGAAGCAGCAAUAGCUAAUGCAGGCCAUGCGAGUAGUUGUGAAAGUGCACAGAGCAAAAACCUCACUGAGGCACGGCAUCAUCUUGUUGACCAAUUUUUAAGGAAUUAUGCACAAUUUAAACAGUGUGGAAACUGCAACGCUCCUGUUCGUCGGCUAAAGAAAGAAGGCCUGGGAAAAUUAUUUAUCAAGCCAUUAAAUGCUACAGAUGCACAGCUGUGGGCUGAAGCUAGGCAUCGUUAUUUGAAUGAAAAAGAAAGAGAAAGAAAGAAAGACAACGGAGGAAGAGUUCAUUCUUUAUACGAUCGUGAACUUCAACUAGCAAAGGAGCAACAGUAUUUAUCUGCACUUGAUGUUCGCACACAUUUAAGACAACUCUUUCAAAACCAUGGAGAUUUGCUUUCCAAAUUGAUUUCUUUGAGUGAAGCUUAUGUUGGGGCUGAUUUGUUCUUUCUGGAUGUAAUCCCAGUGCCUCCUCCCAAAUUUCGUCCAAGUAACUUUGCACAAGGAAGGCGAUAUGACAAUCCGCAAACUACCAAUUUGAGUGCAGUGCUAAAGUCAGCUCAAGAGCUGCGUCAAAUUCUAAAGGAGGACAACACUGAGGAAGAGCAAGUGGAGGGUAAAUCACAUGUACAGAGAGUCCAGACAGCAUGGCAUUCUCUGCAGCUUGAUGUGGCAUGUUUCAUUGAUAGUGAUGCAAUUAAGUUUAGCACAAAGCGUCCAUCGGGAGUCAGACAAAUACUUGAAAAGAAGGAAGGUCUGUUUCGAAAACACAUGAUGGGUAAACGAGUAAACUAUGCAGCUCGUUCUGUUAUAUCUCCUGACCCAUACAUUAAUGUGGAUGAAGUCGGAAUUCCACUGGUAUUUGCACAAAGACUGACAUACCCUCAACCUGUAACGUCUCUGAAUGUCGAAGAAAUGCGUGAGGCUGUUAGCAAUGGUCCACUCAACUAUCCUGGUGCAACCUUGGUCGAACGCGAAGAUGGUACAGUUGUGAGGUUGAGAGGAGACAAUGCAGCUCAGCGUCAGUCACUAGCCAAGCAGCUGUUAACUCCUCCUACUCAAUGGAAUCCUCUUAAUACAUGCAAGAAAGUGCAUCGGUAUCUGAAAGAUGGAGACCUGUUGCUACUUAAUAGGCAACCCACUCUUCAUCGGCCGAGCAUUAUGGGACACAAGGCUCGUGUACUGAAAGGGGAGAAGACUCUGAGACUUCAUUAUUCUAACUGCAAGUCAUACAAUGCUGAUUUUGAUGGAGAUGAGAUGAACAUUCACUUUCCACAGAAUGAACUUGGAAGAGCCGAAGUACAAUCAGUUGCUAGUUCAAAUUUUCAGUAUCUUGUACCAAAGGACGGUAAACCUUUAGGAGGUCUGAUUCAAGAUCACUUGGUGUCAGGUGUGCUCAUGACUGUGAGAGGACGGUUUUUUAGUCGGGAAGAUUACUUUCAGCUUGUGUUUUGUGGUCUUCCUGACUGUCGUUCUCGAAUUGCAUUUUUGCCUCCAAGCAUUUGGAAACCACAACGCUUAUGGUCUGGAAAGCAGAUUGUGUCAACAAUAUUGUUGACACUCAUUCCAGCAGACUGUGAGAAGGUGAAUAUGGCAGGCCAGAGCAAAGUUCCUCACAAGGAAUGGAAGAACACGAAAGGCCGUCGUAUGCUGCUUAAGGCACUGGAUGAUACUGAGUUGUCUGAGUCUGAGGUGAUUGUUCGUGAGGGUGAACUGCUAUGCGGUGUGUUAGAUAAGUCUCAAAUUGGUGCAACUCAAUUUGGGAUUGUUCACUGUUGCUACGAGUUAUAUGGAGGUGAGAUGGUUGGGAAACUGCUGUCUGCAUUAGCCAAAUUAUUCACAUCAUACCUGCAGUAUCAUGGGUUUACAUUAGGUGUUGAGGACAUUCUAGUAAAGCCAAAGGGCAAUCAGAAACGAACUCGUUUGUUGAACAAGGCCGCAGAUAUUGGACCUACAGCUGCUGCUAACGCAUUUGAUUUGUCAGAUGACACAGAUAUAGAAUCACUUGAGAAGGCAUACCAAACAGCCCAUCACAAUAAUGACAACAUCGGCAUGAAGGAACUGGACUUUUCUGUGAAAGGAAAACUUGACUUGUUUACGGAAGACAUUAACAAGGCUGUCAUUCCUGAUUUGAUGAAAAAAUUUCCUCAUAAUUGUCUUCAGCUAAUGACACAUGCUGGGGCCAAAGGAUCAGUGGUGAACUGCAUGCAGAUUUCAUGUCUGCUUGGUCAGAUUGAGUUGGAAGGUCGCAGACCUUGUUUGAUGCCCAGCGGUCGAAGUCUUCCAAGCUUUCUGCCUUACGAUGUGUCACCUCGUGCUGGUGGCUUUGUUGGUGGUCGGUUUUUGACCGGUAUAAGGCCACAGGAAUAUUUCUUUCACUGCAUGGCAGGAAGAGAAGGUUUAAUUGAUACUGCAGUAAAGACUAGUCGUAGCGGUUACCUGCAGAGAUGUCUCAUCAAGCAUAUGGAGGCUCUGAAAGUUGGAUACGAUCAGACAGUUCGAGAUGGCGAUGGGUCAGUCAUCCAGUUUCUGUAUGGAGAUGAUGGAUUGGAUGUUACUAAGACGCGUUUCAUGAGCAAAAAGCAACUUCCAUUCAUAGCCCAGAACUAUAAGGCAUUUUUACCUCAUUGUAACCCUGAUGCUGUUCUUCGUGUAAUGGACACACGGAAAGCACUAAAGCAUCAAGCUAAAGUUGAUCGCUGGAAUGCUAGGCAUGGUGGUCGUCCAAAGGGAAAGUCGUUUUCUUCUGGAUUUUGUAUAUAUUCAAAAAUGCACUUGCCAGAAUUAAGAGAAAAGAUUGAGAAUGCUGACUCUAUUUCAACAAAGAAAGGAAACAUUAUGCACAGGACAAAAACCGAGUUAAAGCUAAUUGAAAGCUGGUAUUCAUUGGGUCCACCUGGCUGGGAGACUUAUAGACGUCGGAGCAGGGCUUGUCCUGAUCCAACUCUCAGUCGAUAUUCGCCUGCAAGAUAUUUUGGCUCUGUAUCAGAAAAUUUAGAGGAUUUGCUAGAUGACUAUGUUCAGAAUAACACAGACAAGCUACUGUGUGAUGCAGAGCCUACUAGACGUGGUUUAGUUCAGAAGGGAAAGUUCUCUACUAUGGUUGAACUGAAGUUUAUGAGAAGCCUUACUGAACCAGGAGAGAGUGUGGGACUGUUGGCAUCACAGUCCAUUGGUGAACCAUCAACUCAGAUGACGCUGAACACUUUUCAUUUCGCUGGUCGUGGAGAAAUGAACGUGACAUUGGGAAUUCCUAGACUGAGGGAGAUUUUGAUGGUCGCUAGUGUUAACAUCAAAACACCAACAAUGGAAGUCCCAAUUAUGGAUUCUAUAGAGGCACAAAACCAAUGUGUUUGGCUACAAAAGGAGCUGACUAGGGUAGCUCUGUCGCAGGUAAUAGAACAAGUAGACGUGUGGGAGUCUUUGUCAAGACUUGGAAGCAAAGCUAGUACAAGGCGACGAAUAUAUCGUAUUCGAUUUCAUUUCUUUGCGUUUUCUCACUAUGAAAACGAAUUGGCUGUGACUCCUGAUGACAUAAUCAACUAUGUAGAGCAAAAGUUUUUGAAAAUUCUUGUCAAAGCAGUUCAGAAACAGAUGAAAAUAGAGCAAAAGCGACGAGUAAAUGCUAUUCACAAUGCUAAAGCAACAGAUAAGCAAUCUCUAAAUGCCAAGAGAGAAGACGUUGAAUCUCAAAAUGAUGAUGAUGAACUUUCAGAGGGAGAGUUGGGAGAUGACGCAGAUGCCAAUGAGAUCAGAUCUAGGCAAAAGAAACAACAGCUUACUACAUAUGAUGAUCCAGAUCAAGAUGAGGAAGAGAUCAUUUGCAAUUUGGACGAUGAGGCUUUAGAUGACACUGAAGACAAGUCAGAAGGAAACUCUCUGACAACUGGGAGUUCAGAUGAUGUCAGCUAUUUGGAUAAUGAAUCAUUGCUUGAUGUAAGUGACGAUGAUGAAUCACAGUCAAGAGGUCAGUGGGCAAAAAAACAAGUUGACAGAGGUAGAGUUAUGGCUGUUCUAGAGAAGUCUUCUCAUAUUAUUUCAUAUGACUUUGAUUCUGAAAAUCAUUUAUGGUGUGAAGCCAGCUUGCAGUUUCCAGUGCAAGACAGCAAAUUAAUUAUGACUUCCUUGAUUGAAAAUAUUGCUGAAAGGGCAGUCAUCCACGAGACUCCUGGUAUCAAGCGUUGUUUUAUACAGCAAGAAGAAGGUAGAACAAAAUUGGUGACAGAAGGAGUCAAUAUCCAGGAGCUGUGGCAAUAUCCAUUUAUUCUAAAUUUGUCAAAGUUCUACACUAACAGUGUCCACAGCAUGGCCAGUAACUAUGGCAUUGAAGCUGCUAGAAGUAUCUUAAUCAAGGAGAUCCAAUCAGUGUUCAAAGUUUAUGGAAUUGAAGUUGAUCCUCGCCAUCUAUCUUUGAUAGCUGACUAUAUGUGUUUCUCUGGUGUUUAUCGGCCUCUCAAUCGGCUUGGUAUAGAAUCAAACACAUCUCCAUUUCAGAAGAUGAGCUAUGAGACAACCAUUCAAUUUUUGAAGAAUGCAACAUUGAAUGGUGAGAUGGACAGGAUGGAGUCACCGUCAUCUUGUUUGGUAUGUGGACGUAUUGUGCCAGUCGGAACAGGAAGCUGUGAACUACUUCAUAAUCUCAGCAUUUAGCAAACAUAACCUAAUUGCGUUGUUUUGUUUACUUUAGUGUAAGUUUGUUUUGGAACUUUGAAUUUGGUGUUUACAGUAAAAAUCAAAUAAGAGAAUUUUUGGAUACCAAAAUCUGGUUGUAGUUGUUUGGUUGUUUGCAAGUUGUAGCUUGUCUGUGAGAAAUUACAG